UCUCAUUUAGUACCUCUACCUCUAGUCUACCACCACCACCCUUACUUCAAAAUCAAAUUUUUUCCAUCCCAAUCUCCAGCCGGAAAAAAAGGGAUGGCGACCAUCACCAUGCAAGCCACCGCCGCAGUUUUCCGGCCCUGCGCCGCAAAAUCGAGGUUCCCUACUGGCUCCUCGGGUAAAUUGAACAGAGAAGUGUCAGUUAGGACUGCUUCAUCAAGUGGUGCUUUUAAAGUUGAAGCUAAGAAAGGCGAGUGGUUACCCGGUCUGCCUUCUCCAGCUUACCUCAAUGGCAGUCUUCCUGGUGACAAUGGAUUUGAUCCUCUGGGACUAGCUGAGGACCCAGAGAACCUAAGAUGGUUCGUCCAAGCCGAGCUCGUCAACGGGCGUUGGGCAAUGUUGGGAGUUGCAGGCAUGCUUUUGCCAGAAGUUUUCACCAAGAUUGGUAUCCUCAACGCCCCCAAAUGGUAUGAUGCUGGGAAGGAAGAGUACUUUGCUUCUUCUUCGACCCUCUUCGUGAUCGAGUUCAUCUUGUUCCACUACGUCGAGAUCAGAAGGUGGCAAGACAUCAAGAACCCGGGAAGCGUCAACCAAGACCCCAUCUUCAAGCAAUACAGCUUGCCCCCCCACGAGUGUGGAUACCCCGGCAGCAUCUUCAACCCCCUCAACUUUGCCCCAACUCUCGAGUCCAAGGAGAAGGAGCUCGCCAACGGGAGAUUGGCUAUGUUGGCAUUCUUGGGAUUCAUUGUGCAACACAAUGUGACCGGCCAAGGACCAUUCGACAACCUUUUGCAGCACCUGUCCGACCCAUGGCACAACACCAUUGUCCAAACACUAGUGGGCAAGUAAGAUCACAGCCAAGAAGGAAAGCUGAGGAAAUUAAACCUGUUUCAUCAUUUGUUUUAUAAGAUUAAGAGUGAAUGUUUUGCGAUGAGACACUUUGGGGAUCAAUGUUAGACAAGGAAUUUACCAAUGUACAGGGGACCACGAAUGGCGUUAAUAUUAUCAUUCUAAUCACAUCUACUACCUAGCUUUCA